AUGACUUCCACAAUGAAGUAUAUCCUGGUGACGGGUGGUGUGAUCUCAGGGAUUGGUAAAGGCAUCAUCGCCAGCAGCGUUGGUACUAUUCUGAAGUCCUGCGGCCUCCAUGUCACCGCCAUCAAAAUCGAUCCCUACAUCAACAUCGACGCCGGAACCUUCUCUCCGUAUGAGCAUGGUGAGGUGUUUGUGUUGGACGAUGGAGGAGAGGUGGACCUCGAUUUGGGGAACUAUGAGCGCUUUCUGGACAUCCGACUCACCAAAGACAACAACCUCACCACCGGAAAGAUCUACCAGUCAGUCAUUAACAAAGAGCGACGGGGAGACUAUCUGGGGAAAACUGUUCAGGUGGUGCCACACAUCACUGAUGCCAUUCAGGAGUGGGUGAUGAAGCAGGCCAAGGUCCCCGUGGACGAUGACGGCAUGGAGCCUCAAGUCUGUGUCAUAGAGUUGGGCGGCACAGUCGGGGACAUCGAGAGCAUGCCCUUCAUCGAGGCUUUCAGACAGUUCCAGUUUACAGUGAAGAGGGAGAAUUUCUGUAACAUCCACGUCAGUCUGGUUCCUCAGCCCAGUGCUACAGGUGAGCAGAAGACCAAACCCACCCAGAACAGCGUCCGAGAGCUGAGGGGACUCGGCUUGUCCCCAGACCUGAUCAUGUGCCGCUGCACCACUCCCCUCGAGAACUCGGUGAAGGAGAAAAUCUCCAUGUUCUGCCACGUGGAACCUGAACAGGUGAUUUGUGUCCAUGACGUCUCGUCCAUCUACAGAGUGCCCCUGCUGCUGGAGGACCAGGGUGUCGUGAACUAUUUCUGCCGCAGGCUGGACCUGCCCAUCGAGAGCAGGCCCAGGAAGAUGCUCACCAAGUGGAAGGAGAUGUCAGACAGAUCAGACAGACUGUUGGAGCAGUGCUCCAUCGCUCUGGUUGGGAAGUACACAAAGUUCUCCGACUCGUACGCCUCCGUCAUCAAAGCCCUGGAGCACUCGGCCCUCGCCAUCAGCCACAAGCUAGAGGUUAAGUAUAUAGAUUCUGCAGACCUGGAGCCGAGUACUCUGCAGGAGGAACCUGUGAAGUACCACGAAGCUUGGCAGAAACUGUGCAGUGCAGAUGGGAUUCUGGUACCGGGUGGUUUCGGAGUGAGAGGAACCGAAGGCAAGAUUCAGGCCAUCAGCUGGGCCCGCAAACAGAAGAAGCCUUUCUUAGGUGUGUGUUUGGGAAUGCAGCUCGCAGUCUGUGAAUUCGCCAGGAACACGCUGGGCUGGGCAGAUGCCAACUCCACUGAAUUUGACCCAGAAUCAAAGUACCCUGUGGUGAUCGACAUGCCUGAGCACAAUCCUGGACAAAUGGGCGGCACGAUGAGGCUGGGAAAGAGGCGGACCAUUUUCAAAACAAAGUCCAGCAUAUUGAGAAAGCUGUACGGAGACACAGACUAUGUUGAGGAAAGGCACAGACAUCGUUUUGAGGUGAAUCCAGAGCUGAAGCAGCAUUUUGAGGACAAAGGGUUGCACUUCGUGGGUCAGGAUGUAGAGGGAGAGAGGAUGGAGGUCAUAGAGCUGGAAGACCACCCGUACUUCGUGGGCGUGCAGUACCACCCAGAGUUCACGUCCAGACCCAUCAAGCCCUCGCCUCCGUACUUCGGCCUGCUGCUGGCUGCGGCCGGAAAGCUGCACAGCUACCUGCAGAGGGGCUGCCGCCUCUCACCACGCGACACAUACAGCGACCGCAGUGGUAGCAGCUCUCCAGACUCUGAGAUAGCAGAGUUCAAACUGCCCUCCAUCUCCCAGGACUGACCGCAUCAGUGAACAGUAUGUUCUCCGUCAUUCCACGGGUUCUAGCAGUUCAUGCAUACAGAAACAUUCUGUGUAUGCAUGCUUUUUCACAACAGUACAGCCCAUAAAACUGGACAGACACAGAUAUGUGGUGUUUUAGCAGCACCGAUGGACAAAGAUGUUUGGUUUUUAGUUUUUAAAAUUCUGUUUUAUGUUCUAGACUCAUGGACUCCAGAAUCCUACACACUUAAAGAUGGUUCUUCAAGGCUAAUUUGGUGAAAGUAAUGGUUCCAGAACUUCUGUAUUAAAUCAUUUCAUGCUUAAGUGGUUCUUUCCAUGGUGAAAUGGUUCUUCAGAUCAAUGAAUUGUGUUGUAUAUGGUUCUAUAUAACACCAGAAAAGGUUCUUUUUAUUGUUACAAGCUUGACAUCGUAACACUGCUCUCUUAAAGAAGAUGGUUCUUCAGGCGUUCCCCCGUUGCAUGAGUAAAAGUUUUUGAAACUGGUUUUGUUUAGGGUUCUUCAGUGGUCACCAUGCCAGGCUUGUGACAACAGCAGAACCCUUUUCGGAAGAGGUUCUAUAUAGAACCACUUGCAUCGCAUUUCCCCAUCAAUCUGGAGAACUUUUUGAUGAUGCAGAGAACCGUUUAAUCAUGGAAAGGGGUUCUCUGAGUGUGCAUGGCUCGAUGUAGAACUGUUUUCUUUAUUAAAGAACCUUCUUUAAGUGUGUAGAUUCAAACAUGCCAUUUACUGAGUGCUGCGCAUUGUUUUGAAAGAAGAUGAAAAUCUGUGACUGAAAAAUAAAUACAAACAAAAAAAAAACCUAAAUAAAUGUAAAUCUUACUUUCUGUAAA